AUGAAAGUUCUUGCUUUAUUGUCCUUCGUUUUUUUCAGUUUUACAUUAGCUCAAUCAUUAGAUUUAGAAUAUAAUAUUGAUGCCAUUUUAAAAAGAGCAAAUGAACCAUCACAACAAACUUUAGAAGAAGUUGAUCAAUAUUUAAAACAAUUAGUUGCAGCAGCUAAUGGUCAACCAGUUAAUUCCACUUCAAAAAGAGAUGCUUUAAUUUUAUCAAAAAGAGAUAAUGUCUUAUUAACAGCUGCAUUUACUGCUUUAAAUAAUUCAGGUACUGGUGUUCCAAUUGUACAUACUUUAGUUACUGAUCCAGGUUCUCAAGGUGCAUCUAUUCAAAUUAUUGAAAAUUAUAUUAAAACAACCACCCUCAAAACUUUAUUAUCAGCAGCUGAUAAUUCAAAUUUAGCUGUUGAUAUUGUUAUGAGAUUUUUUAUUAAUUAUAGUUUAGUACCAAAUUUAUGGACAAUACUUGUUACUUUAUAUAAUAAUGGUGUUUUACUUAAAAGAAGUUUAUUUGGAGAUAUCAUUGGUGGUGUUUUAGGUGGUAUUAAUCAAUCAAUUUGGUCAUCAUUAAUUACUUUAUUAAAUACUAUAGUUAAUGUUGAACAAAUUUGUGAAUCAUUACAAAAAUCAGGAUUUGCAGUAUCCGUUGUUGAUGAUAUUAUUUCAACAAGUGAUGGAAGAGAUUUUGCAGUUAAAUUAUUUACUGCAAUUAUUAAAGAUCAAAUUAUAACUAUUAGUAGUUUAGUUGAUGCUUUAAGUUCAACUAAUUUCCUUCAAAAUACAUUAACUAAAAUACUUUCAAAUUCAACUUAUAGGAAAAUUAUUUUCAUUUGGGCUGUUAACUUUUUGGUUUCAAUGAUUAAAUAUAUUUUUUAA